GGCCUGGCAGCAGCUAGAGGUACAGGGACCGCCCCGGGCCCAGGUAAGGAGAGCAUCGCCAACCUGCACAUUCCGUGUUUGGGCCAGGGCUGGGCAAGAGGCAGCCAUGACAAGCUCCCCUGUUUCCAGAGUUGUUUACAAUGGCAAGAGAAACAGCAGCCCUCGCUCCCCAGGCAACAGCAGUGAGAUCUUCACUCCUGCACAUGAGGAGAAUGUGCGCUUCAUCUAUGAAGCAUGGCAAUGUGUGGAGCGGGAUCUCCGCAGCCAGAUGGCAGGUGGCGAACGGGGCCUUGUGGAGGAGUAUGUGGAAAAGAUACCAAACCCCAGUCUGAAGGCUUUCAAACCUGUUGAUUUGAGUGACCUAAAGCGGCGGAACACACAGGAUGCUAAGAAAUCCUAAGGUGGCCUAGCGUGGCCCAGCCCCAAGCUCUGGCACGUGGUCACUGAUACAUGAAUUUUAUGACUUUGUGUUGGUUUCCUCCUUUGGUCUGGAUUGUGUCUGGGGCUGGCUCUGAAUUCUCUAGGAAAUAUAGGCUUUGUGCCUUUCCUUCGCAGCAUCCCCUGGCCUGGGCUGCCUGCCUUCAUUCUACAAUUGGCCCCAGGAAUUCUCCUUUUUCCCUAGUUAAUGACAUUUUGCUCUGAUGGUG